AUGUUCUCUGCUCUUGGGCUCUUCAAAAAUACCCCUUGUCCUCGGCUAGAAGACUGCAGCCUCCCCAACUGCAUCUUUUCCCAUCUUGUGCCAGAAGAUGAAGAUGCUGCAGGAACAACCCAGGAGUAUGAUCCGUUCAGUGCGGGUCAAAUUUCACCACAGAGCUCCCCUCCGGCCCCAAAGAGAAGAAGGAUAGCAUCACCUGGGAGACAGGUUGAGCCCAAAUAUGCUCCACAUGCCGUUCCAAAUGAUGGAGCAGCACUUCAAAAACCAUCACAGCACCCUACUUCUCCUAACGACGGCAUAAAAGGAUCAUCCAGGAGUGAUGUCUACCCUUCUAGGAAGUCACUUUCUACAGUCUCAGCACAGCAAUCAAAGGUAACUCCGAGCUCUGCGAAGAGAGAGGUCUCUCCACCGCCGACGAAAAGGAGCAGACCUUCCCUCCCGCCAGUCAAAAAAGAAUUCAAAAUUGAGUCUCUGACGCCUCGCAAUGUCGCAAAAGCCCCUGCUAUGCUGAAGACGAGACUUGCGGUCCUUCAGGCGGUGCACAAACAAGUGCAGGACCAGAAUCGGAAACUAGCGGUCGCGGACAACAAAUGGAAGGCCUUUGUUCUUGACGAUCAAGAGCUGAUUCGAUUUUCUCUUGAUGAAGAGGAAGCGGCAACCAAGCUCGGAGAUUCUAUCUAUCGAAAUGCAAUGGCUCAGAAAGUACUCCGCAUCAAAAAGAUGACAACGGAAGAGUGGGUAAAGAUGGUAAAGACUUGGUCAGGCGUUGAUCCCGAGCAAGACCAGAACACCCCUGCUGCAAACAAAAAUGGUUCGCCCGCGCCGUCUGCCAGGCAACUCUCUAUGAGCGAGGAAAUUACCCUUCUCCAAAGACUUCGUACUCCUUUGGAGGGGUUGGAAAAUUAUGGUUAUGUCACAAAAGAGCCCACCGCCUCUGAGAUCACUGCAGCAGAGGUGGCAGUGGCCAGUGCAGCUGGCUUUGAGAAAUGUGAUCGCUGUGGCACCCGAUUCCAGGUCUUCCCAGGAAGAGACGAACAAGGGCGCCUCACCAGCCAUGGAACUUGUCGGUAUCAUUGGGCAAGAGCAAAUCGUGCUGCGAGCUCAAAGUCCGACAAGAUUGUUGGCCGAUCAGAGGCGAGUUUUCCUUGUUGCAAUCAGCUGGAAGGCAGCGAGGGCUGCACCGAGGCGAGCACGCAUGUUUUCAACGUCAAACAUCCACCCAGGCUGGCAAGCAUUCUUCAAUUUAUGCGUACGCCACAGUCAGACGUUGAAUCUCCAGGAAUACCACUAUCAUUCGACUGCGAAAUGGGUUACACAACCUUGGGCAUGGAGGUCAUCCGUCUGACUGCAGUGACUUGGCCAGAGGGUCGCGUGGUUGUCGAUGUUCUUGUCCGACCAUUUGGGGAGAUUCUAGAUCUCAACACAAGGUUUUCUGGUGUGACAAGAGAAGCAUAUGCAAAUGCUGUGGAAUAUGAACCUGGGACCGAGCUGCAACCAGGGGAUAUACGGAAGGUUGGUUCACCAGCAGUCGCACGUCAACUUCUAUUCGAUCGACUCAGUCCCGAUACCCCACUUCUGGGUCAUGCUAUCGAGAAUGAUCUGAAUGUUUGCCGAAUUAUCCAUCCCUUUGUUGUAGACACGGUCCUUUUGUACCCACAUCCUCGUGGCCUUCCCAUUCGGUUCAGUCUCAAAGUGCUUGCGCAGAAGUACCUAUCGAGAGGAAUCCAGACUGGAGGCGAGGCAGGGCACGACUCCAGCGAGGAUGCUAUUGCUACAGGAGAUCUAGUCCGGCAGAAAACCCGGGACUUGUGGACAACAUUACUUCACGAAGGUUGGAAGUUUGUUGGGGGAGCAUUGAAAGGGCCUGGGGGAUUUGAGGCAGAUGCAAGAACACCACCAGUGCUUUAA